GUGGACCGUGCUGAAAUUUACAACUGCUUCCAAAGGCGCACUCUCCACUUGAAAACCAAUGACGGCACUUAGUGUUGUGGUAUGAACUUUCUCCACGCUGUAAUGAAAACAAACUUAAGAUAACAAGGUUAAAAACUUCCAGCUGUUUUGACAGUGAUCUUGCCGAUCGACUUAGGAGAAACUACUAUCACCUAACUUGAGAGGAACAGACAGAUAGAUGGACAAGACAAACACAAUAUCUUCCCUAGAGAGGUGCCGCACGCUUGGAGUUGUGUGCCAAUCUGUCAGAAGGGGGAACAACUCCAACCACUGACUCCCCAGUCUAUAUAUUCUUCCAUCCAAUUGUUUACGACUUCAGUGGAUGCAUGAAAAAAUGGCUAUCAUCACAAUUUGUAGAGAUGAAGGCAAAAACAUUGGAAACGUAAAUACAUGUAUAUGAAGAAACUGGAAGUGAAAAAGGUCAUGCAGUCAGACUCCGAAACUGGAGCUCGAGACCACAUUAAAUCAUGCAGGAAUGUUAAAGACCAUAAAGAAGUAUGUGAAAAUCCCUGUGUUUGUAAUGCUAAGACCUCGGGGAGGCGACUUCCUGUACAGCUCAGAAGAAAUUGAGGUCAUGAAAUCAGAAUUGGUGGAUCUAAAAGAAGCAGGGGCGGAUGGCUUUGUAUUUGGUUGCCUCAAUGAGGAUGGUACAGUUGACAAGCAGUUAUGUUCAAAAUUCCUUGACUUAAUCAGGCCACUUCCUGCAACAUUUCACAGAGCUAUAGAUAUGACAAGUGACAUUCUUCAGGCUCUAGAUGAUGUGGUGGAUCUAGGAUUUCAACGGGUGUUGACAAGUGGUGGAUCAUCUUCAGCUUUGGAAGGAUUACCCAUGAUUCAACAAAUGGUUGAAAGAGCGGGUGAUAGAACAUGUGUGAUGCCAGGUGGAGGAAUAAAUUCAGGUAAUCUGAACAGAAUUUUAGAUGGAUGUGGAGCAAAGGAAUUUCACGGAUCAGCACGGGCAACCCUUCAUUCUAAGAUGUCGUACAGAAAAGAAGGCAUCACCAUGGGAGCUGCUCUGUGUCCUCCAGAAUUCAGUGUCAAGGUCACAGACAAGGACAAAGUUCUGCAACUUGUACAUCAAGGACAUACUCAUAAAAGAUGAAAUAAUUCCAUUCUCUCUGUUCUGUGGUUAAACUUUUACCAGCUUGGAGUUGUUAGAAAAUUCACUUCAUAUUUUGAGGUGGAUUUUUUUUUUUUUUUAGAUAAAAGCUGGUCAGGUACCCUCCCAGCAAAUUUAAGGUUCACAUACACAUUUCAUUUAGAGAAAUGUGUUGCAGCCAUAACCUUGACAUGAGACAUACAUGACACUGAGUAAAGGUCAUGACACACCAUGAACUAUAUAGGUCUAAAUUUGCUACCAAUUGUGAUGGUUUCUGGUCCCUUUUUUUUUUUUUUUUUUUUUAUACAUUUAUUCAUAAAUUCAAUACAUGUUUGGUUUUUUUCAUGUUCAUUCUACUGCUAAUUUUUCAUCUAUGAGAAAUUUGUUUUCUCGUGAAGGGUUUUUUGGGCUUCUUAAAAAUUCAGAAUUUUAAACCUUUAGAGAAAUACUGUAUCUUUUUUUUCUUUUUUAUGUUAUGAAUAGAAUUUGUAUCCAAUAUUUGAAAUACAUAGUAUCAAAAGUGA